UUUUUAUCUACAUAGUUUGAUAAGUGAUACACCUCACUUUGGUUGGCCAAUGACUGAAAAUUUCGGUUUCAGAAAAAAUUGAGUAAAUUCGUCAUAUUAGAAGUUAUAAUGUUGCUAAGGAAUUAAACAUUGACCACAAAACAGUUUUAAAUUAUUGAAGAAGCGGAUUGUGACUCUGUCUUCAGCCAAUAGAAGCUUAAGAAUCUCUGAAGUAAUUCUAUUGGUCACUUCCAACAUACAAGGAACAGUAUAAAUACUACACGCUGCUACGCGUUGUUACUUCUGAAAUAGAGCUCAAUAGUGCUCGUUCCGACUAAGUAAAUUUAUAUUUUUAAAAAGCUUUGAUAUGUCUGGACGUGGGAAAGGCGGUAAAGUGAAGGGAAAGACGAAGUCACGGUCAAAUAGAGCUGGAUUACAAUUUCCAGUUGGUCGUAUCCAUCGUCUUUUAAGGAAAGGUAAUUAUGCCGAACGCGUUGGAGCCGGAGCGCCAGUUUAUCUGGCAGCAGUGAUGGAAUAUUUAGCUGCUGAAGUUCUCGAGUUGGCCGGAAAUGCUGCUCGUGAUAACAAAAAGACAAGAAUUAUUCCGAGACACUUACAAUUGGCGAUUCGAAAUGACGAAGAAUUAAAUAAAUUGUUGUCUGGCGUGACUAUUGCUCAGGGCGGUGUCUUGCCAAACAUACAAGCUGUUUUGCUUCCAAAAAAGACGGAAAAGAAAACAUAAUUAAAAAUUUGUAAACUAAAACGGCCCUUUUUAGGGCCACCA